GCAAUCAUCUGCAUGUGGUCAGAAUUCUCCUGUUCAGCUGAAUAAGUACUCAUCUGCAUGUGGUCGAUCAGAAUGCUCCUGUUUAACUAAAGAAGGUGCAUAGUGCAUACACUAGAUUUUUCUACUCUCAAUCAGUGCCACAGGCUCAGAAGAUCUAAGUGAAGGCCAGAGGGACAGAACUAUGGGGAAAAAUGACGGUGAAGCUUGUUACAAUGGCUCAUAUACACCUCUGAAGGGUGAAGAAUCUGAUUUCAACGUUACAACCGAUUCAAAGGGAAAUGUCACUCCUUUUGCCAGAGCGGGUUUACUUAGUAGAAUGUCAUUUUUCUGGUUGAAUUCAUUAAUGAAGAAGGGUAAGGAGAAAACUAUUGAGGAUGAAGAUAUUCCACAUUUAUGUCAAAUGGAUCAAGCGGAAAUAUGUUACUAUCAGUUUAUGGAACAACAAAGUAAACGGAAACAAAACGAUCCUCACAAGUCCCCAUCCAUUUUCUUGACAAUACUCUCCUGCCAAAAGAAAGCUAUUUUAAUUUCUGGGGUUUUCGCAUUGAUCAAGGUACUCACUCUAUCCACGGGUCCACUGUUUCUUUACGCAUUCAUUAGGGUUGCUGAGGGGGCAGAAGUUUUCCAAUAUGAGAGCUAUGCACUCACUUCUGGGCUUUUCCUUGCAAAAUGCUUAGAAUCACUAUCGGAUAGGCAAUGGUGCUUCCAAACUAGACUUAUUGGGCUCCAAGUGAGAUCUUUACUAUCUGCAGCAAUUUAUCAGAAGCAAUUAAAACUCUCAAAUGCUGCUAAGACCACUCAUUCUCCGGGGGAGAUAAUGAAUUAUGUCACGGUGGAUGCUUAUAAAAUAGGCGAAUUUCCAUUUUGGUUUCACCAGAUUUGGACAACUGGUCUACAGAUAUGCAUCGCCUUGAUUAUCAUUUGCUAUGCUGUGGGGAUGGCAACUUUGGCAGCCCUUUUGGUUAUAUUGUUAACUGUGCUAGGGAAUUAUCCAGUGGCCAAAUUACAACAUAAGUAUCUCACAAAGCUCAUGGGGGCACAAGACGGGAUGUUGAAGGCUAUUUCAGAGGCACUUGCAAAUAUGAAAGUUCUGAAAAUGUAUGCUUGGGAAACAAAUUUCAAGAAUGUCAUCAAAAGUCUAAGGACAGAAGAAACCAACUGUUUAUCUGCAGUUCUGGCUCAAAAGGGCUACUAUAUAGUUCUUUUUUGGUCCUCUCCAAUCAUUGUAUCGGCUGUUACCUUCUGGGCAUGCUACUGGCUUGGGAUUCCUCUGAGUACGAGUAAUGUCUUUACGUUCCUGGCAACGUUGCGUAUUGUCCAGGAACCGAUUCGGUUAAUUCCCGAUGUUGCUGGAGUAUUCAUCGAAGCAAGUGUUUCAUUUACUCGGAUUGUAAAGUUUCUUGAGGCUCCUGAACUUGAGAGCAGGUAUAUCAAGAAAAGUAGUAAUGACGGAGAAACUGAGCAUGCUGUAGCUGUAAAUUCCACUAGAAUUUCAUGGGAUGGCGAUUCUUUGAAGCCUACUCUGAGUAAUGUAAACUUGCUAGUUAAAAGUGGGGAGAAGGUAGCUAUAUGUGGAGGAGUUGGCUCAGGUAAAUCAACCCUUUUAGCUGCAAUUCUCGGAGAGGUUCCAUACACGAAUGGCAUAGUUCAAGUUAGUGGAAAGAUUGCUUAUGUAUCCCAAACAGCAUGGAUUCAGACUGGAACUAUUCAACAAAAUAUCCUCUUUGGAUCUACCAUGGAUGAAUAUAGAUACCAAGAAGUAGUUCAAAAGUGUUUUCUAGUAAAGGAUCUUGAGAUGCUUCCAUUUGGCGACUGCACGGUCAUAGGCGAAAGAGGUGUUAACCUCAGUGGUGGUCAGAAGCAGCGUGUCCAACUCGCACGAGCUCUAUAUCAAGAUGCAGAUAUAUAUCUGUUGGAUGAUCCAUUCAGCGCCGUUGAUGCCCAUACUGCAACUGGCUUAUUUAAUGAAUAUGUCAUGGGAGCUCUUUCAGGGAAAACAGUCUUACUAGUUACCCACCAAGUUGACUUCCUUCCGGCAUUUGAUUCUGUUUUGCUGAUGUCUGAAGGGAGAAUCCUCAUGGCAGCUACCUACAAUCAGUUGCUGGCUAGUAGUCAAGAGUUUCAAAGCCUUGUGAACGCACACAACGACGCUGCUUAUUGUGAAAAUAACGGUACAAGUGGUUCUCCACAAAGAACCAAAAGCUCCAUAGAAGAGAUCAAGAAAACUUGUACCAAUGGUCGGUUAGGAGCAGUGCCCGUUGGGGACCAAUUGAUCAAGCAAGAAGAAAGGGAAACCGGAAACACAGGUCUCAAGCCUUAUAUACAGUAUCUGAAUCAGAGUAACGGCUUCUUGUACCUCUCACUGGCAGUCAUAUCCCAUAGCCUGUAUCUUGUUGGGCAGUUGGUACAGAAUCUCUGGUUGGCUUCUGAAUUGGAUGAUGCUAACACAAGUACAUUAAAACUUCUAGCAACAUACGUGGUGAUUGGGUGUGGCAUGACACUUACCUUGGUCCUUAGAUCUUAUGUUGUAGCUGUAUUAGGUCUCAAGACAUCGAAAGCUAUUUUUUCUAAGCUGAUGACAUCUCUUUUCCGAGCACCAAUGGCAUUUUAUGACUCAACGCCUCUUGGAAGGAUCCUCAGUCGGGUGUCUUCGGAUCUGAGUAUCGUGGACCUUGAAUUGUCAUUCAAAUUGAGUCUCACGCUAGCAUCAACCAUGACCAUAUACUUUAGCUACAUAAUAUUGGCUGUUCUUUCCUGGCCUAUUUUGAUUGUCAUUAUACCCAUGGCUUAUGUGACCAUUCUCUUACAGAGCUACUACUUUGCUUCAUCAAAAGAGUUGAUGAGAAUUGAUGGCACAACAAAGUCUUCGGUGGCAAGCCAGAUAUCCGAAUCUAUAGCAGGAGCAAUGACCAUCAGGGCAUUUGGAGAAGAAGAUAGAUUCUUUGCACAGUACUUACACCUUAUUGACAACAAUGCAAGUCCAUUCUUCCAUAGUUUUUCAGCAAACGAGUGGUUGAUCCUGCGUCUGGAAAUAAUAUGUGCAAUUGUUCUCUCAUCUUCGGCACUUGCCAUGACUUUGAUAAAUCUUGGAGCUUCUGACUCUGGAUAUAUUGGCAUGGCCUUGUCAUACGGUCUUUCAUUGAAUAUUUAUCUCGUUUCUUCGGUCCAAAGCCAGUGCAUGCUAGCAAAUUUGAUCAUUUCAGUGGAAAGGCUAGAACAAUAUAUGAACAUUCCAAGUGAAGCCCCGGAAAUAAUAGAAACCAACCGUCCUGCAUUCAACUGGCCGUCUUUUGGAAAAGUGGAAAUCCAUGAUUUGAAGGUUCGAUAUAGGCCUAAUGCUCCCAUGGUUUUACGCGGUAUUAGCUGCAUAUUUGAAGGAGGGCAGAAAAUUGGAAUUGUUGGAAGGACCGGAAGUGGAAAGACUACUCUGAUCAGUGCCUUGUUUCGCCUCGUAGAGCCUACAGAGGGAAUGAUCAUUAUAGAUGAUAUCGAUAUAAGUAGAAUUGGGCUUCAUGACCUAAGAUCACACUUUGGGGUAAUUCCACAAGAUCCAACUCUUUUUAGUGGAUCUGUUAGAUAUAAUCUAGACCCCUUAUCAGAACAUUCUGAUCAUGAAAUAUGGAAGGUUCUUGAAAAGUGUCGGCUUCGAGACGUCGUUGAAAAGAAAGAAGGGGGCUUGGACUCUUUAGGUAGGAGUAUGAAACAGAAAGUUGUACAAGAUGGGUCAAAUUGGAGCAUGGGGCAGAGGCAGUUAUUCUGUCUAGGGAGAGCUCUACUGAAGAGAAGGAAGAUCUUAGUUCUUGAUGAAGCCACUGCCUCAAUUGACAAUGCAACAGAUUCUUUAAUCCAGAAAACCAUCAGAACAGAAUUUGCUGACUGCACUGUCGUCACAGUGGCCCACAGAAUACCAACUGUUAUGGAUUGCACAAUGGUGCUUUCUGUUAGUGAUGGGAAACUAGUGGAGUAUGACCAGCCAAUGAAGCUCAUGAAUAAGGAGGGAUCCCUGUUUGGACAACUUGUUAAGGAGUACUGGGCUUAUUCCAAUAAUGCCAACUAAACGCCAGAGGUCACACUGCACAUGCAAUGCCUAUGCAAGUGGAAUUUUGGCGAAAUAUGCCCAAUAGCUCGGGCUUAUUUGAAAGAAGAUUGCCAGUGAGGUUACUUUUGGUAGUUCCUAAUGGAUUACUACCUCUUCUUAGUAAAUUCAUAGUGGAAAAAAAUAGUAGUCCUAUUUUCUUUUUUUUCCUUUUUGAAGGGAGAAAAUCACGGGCCUUACAAAGGCAUCAACAGAGCAUAAAUUCAAGAAUGCUACGUGCACAAUGGUUGUAGGGAAUUUUAAACUGGUACUGCAUAAAAUUAAGACAUAAAUCGAGUUCUAGGGAAUUUUUCAUCCCUAUUGAGUCUGCA